AUGUUCGGUGGACAUCAUCAUCAUCAUCAUCACGGAGGCAUGGGUGGCGGACCAGGAAUGGGUGGUUUUGGAGGACAUGGAAUGGGAAUGGGUGGUUUUGGAGGACCUGGAAUGGGAAUGGGUGGCUUCGGAGGACCCGGAAUGGGAAUGGGUGGCUUCGGAGGUCCCGGAAUGGGAAUGGGUGGUUUUGGAGGACCAGGCAUGGGUGGAUACGGUGGCUCCUACGGUUAUGGUGGUGGAAUGGGCGGCGGACCAUUCUUUUAA